AACGACCCCGACAAGGAGAAAGGGACUUGGGACCGCAACUCAUUAUCGCACCCACAAGAUGGCAGGUGGCAGAAGGGUGAAAAAGGUGAACGGGGGCCAAGAGGUCCGCCUGGCGAUGCUCUCCCCGGCCCACCGGGAUCUCCUGGUCCGACGGGGAACGCAGCUUGCUCUUGCAACCUGACUGAGAUGAUGUCUCUCGUCGCCGCACAUCUCUCCUCUGGAGGCCAGUUCAAAGGAAAAGCCGGCUUGGCCGAAUUCCGCAACCUGAUAGGCCUUCCGGGGGAAAAAGGAUUACAGGGAACAAAGGGUGAAAAAGGCGAGCCAGGCCCGAGGGGACUUGAGGGCGUUCAAGGACAAAAAGGAAGCCCAGGUUUAAGUGGACCCCCUGGAAUCCCAGGAGCACCAGGACCACCCGGGCCACCUGGAUCUUCAGAGUACAUUAGUUAUAAUGAAUUGUCUUCCGGCCCGGAAGGGAUCAAAGUCCCAGCGACGGGGGAUAAGAGGGUCGUAGGGCUCAAGGGCGACCGAGGGGAAACCGGGCCGAAGGGCGCCAAGGGCGAAAGGGGAUAUCAGGGCGAUCAAGGGCCCCAAGGGCAGAAAGGAGAACCUGGGAGGGAAGGUUACGAAGGCGUCCCCGGUCUUCCUGGCCGACCUGGAAAUAAAGGCGAAAAAGGAGAUUCGGGGUCACAGGGACCACCAGGACCUCCGGGACCCCAGGCGAUUUAUCUAGACUACGGUGAUGGGACGCCGAACAAAGUAUCUGGAGUGAAAGGUGAUCAAGGAAUACCAGGACUAAAAGGAGAAAAGGGUGGUGAAGGACCACAAGGACCUCCCGGCUUGCCUGGCCGAGAAGGCCUCCAGGGAAAGCCUGGAGAAAAGGGUGAAAGAGGACCGAUUGGCCUUAAGGGUGAGCGAGGGCAACCGGGACCAUCUAUGGGCGAGAAGGGCGAACGAGGGAAAAAAGGCAGGCGAGGACGGCCAGGUCCUCCUGGUCAGCCCGGCCCGGCAAGCCCUGAAACCCCACUUGGAGCCAAAGGACAAAAGGGAGAACCGGGAGAGUUGACAAAUCCUUUUGGCGAUCCAAUAGCGGUCAAAGGUGAUAAAGGUGAACCAGGAAAGGAUGCGGUGCAGUAUGUGCCUGUACCUGGACCUCCUGGCCCGCCAGGCCCACCGGGCCCACCUGGAAUAGGGCAGAAGGGCGAGCCUGGAGAAGAAAGGAAUAGAGUCUACGGGCAGCCAUCAUACAUUCCGAGGUCAGGACUCAGAGGCAGCUUAGAAGAACUUAAAGCGCUCAAAGAACUCAAAGACUUAAAAGAAGGGAAGGAAGGAAAGGAAUCAUCACCGUCCUCCGAAAGCACACUCAUCGUACCUGGAGCUGUGACGUUUGACAACUUGGCUGCAAUGUCUGAACUAUCUGUCGUGAGCCCUGUUGGAACCCUGGCUUACAUCAAAGACGAAGAAGCUUUGCUGGUGCGGGUCAACAAAGGCUGGCAGUACAUUGCACUUGGAUCUUUGGUGUCGACAACGACAGAAGAGCCUCCGCAGACUACUCCUGAAGAGGAGAAGAUAGAAUCCUUAUUCGAGUCUUCCAACCUGGUCAACCAUGUGCCAGAGCCCAAAGAUGGCCCUACAGAAUGGCAGCCAAAGAUGUUAAGAUUAGCGGCUUUGAAUGAAGCCUAUAGUGGAGGGAUGAAAGGGCAAAGGGGUGCAGAUUAUUCCUGCUACAGGCAGGCCAGAAGAGCUGGGCUCAGAGGGACCUUCCGCGCCUUUCUCGCAUCUAGAGUGCACAAUCUAGACAGUAUUAUUCGAGCACCAGAAAAAGACCUGCCGAUCGUCAACAUCAAGGGCGAUAUUCUGUUUAACUCGUGGAAGGAUAUAUUCAACGGAAAUGGUGGAUAUUUUACCCAGCAACCUAGAAUUUACAGCUUUAGCGGAAAGAACAUACUCACAGAUUUUUCAUGGCCGCAGAAAUAUAUAUGGCAUGGAUCGCUGGUUACGGGAGAGAAGGCUGUUGACGAGUACUGCGAUGGCUGGGAGUCUGACUCUGUCGAUAGGGUUGGCCUUGCCUCAUCUCUGCACAACGGGAAGCUCCUUGGCCAAGAGCCUCUCGCUUGCAAUCACAGGUUUGCAGUGCUUUGCAUAGAAACAGGUGCGCUACCGCUGACCCGGCGUCGUCGGAGGCGGCAGCCGGAUGAGAUGACCGAGAAGGAAUAUUCGAAAUUUAUUGAUGAGAUCUCGACCGAAGCACUCUGAUGCCGUUCACAAGCAUGGACUGAAGUUUUACAAUAAAAGAGAAAGCCUAAUUUUUUUAAUUUUUUUAUUGCGAGGUAUUAAAUUUAUUGGAAUAGAAUUUCCAAAAAAAUCCUCUGCCCUGAUAUUCCUAGACUCCAAACGGCUCACUUAAGACUCAUGAUUUUAAUUCACUUUUAAAUAAAUUAUAGUUUAAUUUUUUUUAAAUAAAACAGAUAAAUUAAAAAAUAAUUAUACAAGGAAUAAUGGAAAAUUUAAUUGUUAGUUUAUGAGCAAGAGUGUUGGAAUUUUACUUGGGGUAGAGGUGUACCUUUUAUUUAAAUUUUGAUUAAAUUUUUUAAAAUGUCUUUAAGAGAAAUAUUUUGGGAUUAAAAAAACAAGAGUUUAAUAAGCACAACGGUAACACCUAAAUAAUAAAUAAUAAGAUCCCAAUGAAAUACCCUCCAAAGUGUUGAAAGUUUUCAAGUGAACAUGGCUGUCGAAUGUCGUUUAAUUUGUUAAAAUGAUAAAUAAAUAAUUGAUUAAAAAUUAAACGGUGUUUAAAAUUUUGAAAAGAAUGACGAGAAUAGUUUUUCUAAUAAUUUCUCGGUGAUGUAAUUUUUUAGCGAUUACGCGACCUUUGUAGUUGAAUGGCCUCAGCGAUCGUUUAACGCGAAUGAUCAGAUUUUGAAAAAAAAUUAACGCAAAUGAAUGAUCAUUUGUUAAAGGGUCGCAACUUCAGUAUUAUUUAGUAAUUCACAUUCUCCUAUAUUUAUUUUUUUACGAAUUAAACAAAAAUUAUGUUAUAUAUGUAAAAAAAAUGAAAUAUAUAAAAAAUUAAGGUUAUUGCUAAUAGUAAAAAUAUUAUAUUGUUGGGAUGUCACUGUUAUUUUACCAGUAUAUUUAAAAUAAUAUAUAAGAAGAAAAGAAAAUGUGAAGAAUUAUAUUACAAAAAGUAUAUAUAUGU